AUGUGAUUUUGGAACCCGGAAUAACAAUAACAACUCCUACUGGUCUUCUCUCAGGAACGGGACUCGAGCUUCACGAAGGACCCGUUUUCUACAAAGCCGUAAUGAAGUCGGCUCUGCUUCACGUAUCGGCGCCGUUUGUGCUUUGCGUCGCCUUGGCGAACACCAGCUUGUUCGCCAAUGUGGAGGUGGACUUGUCUUAUGACCAUUAUGCGGAGAAAAGGGUUGAUCACAUGCCCGGUUUCCUGGCGAUGCCCUGUAACUGUCUGGUUAACCUGGCCUACAUCUGCAUGGGACUGUAUUGGCUACGGUGGCAGGGAGGCAUCAGCGAAACGGAGCGGAGCCGGUAUAUGAGACAAGUUUUCGCUUUCAUGGCUGUCUUUUACGGACCCGUACAGUGGACGCGCUUGGCAGUGCUACGGCGCGCUCCCGCCGUGCUCGACCAGUGGUUCACAUUACCGAUCUUCGCGUGGGUCCCGGUGUGGAUCCGCUAUAUAGAGCAGGGACCGGCGAAGUGGCGCGUGUCGGACGCGGCAGCGCUGGAACUGUUCUCUAUCCUCAGCUACGGUCUGGCGCUGGCGCACGAGCGGGGCUUCGAAAUGGCGUUGGGCUGUCACGUCGCCCUUGCGGCGUACAAGGGAGUUCGCGUGCAGCUGGGGCACGGGGACAGCCGCACGCGCGGAUAUAUGCUGCUGGCGUUGCUGUCCUGUGCGGGGUUCGUGGUGCUAAAGCUGCUGGAUCACUGGCUCGCUCGCCAGUCGCUCUUCCAACGGCUCACCGGACACUUUUGGUCCAAAGUGUGCGACGUGCUGCAGUUCCACUUCAGCUUCUGUUUCCUGACCACGCUGACAGAGAGGGUGCAGGGAAAAACCGCCUCACAGCGGGAGUGAGGACGCUCUGAUCGGCUUAUGUAACUGGGCUAUUCAACAUUAAACAACUGGCUUUGAUUGGACUCUGAAUUAGAUUUGGAAUCACAAAAACCGAUACAGCCCACAGUGGACUGUAAUAAUGGACAGGAUAAAAACCCUUCCACAGUGGGCUCACCCAGUCAUGAUGUCCACCCAGCCCGCCAGUCAAGCUUUAAUGAAAGUUAUGACUCAUAAUACAAAUAGUGCAUUUCCUAAAAUCUUAAGUACCCAACUCUCCAUUUUCCAUAAUAAAACCUUUUUACACCUCCUUUUUAAAAGCAAGUCCAGAUUCAGAGUGUCUGACACCCUCUGUUAAGCGCCCCGACAUGACCUGUGCGAUGUAACCCUUAAUGAAGGAAAUUUCUUUACAAUGUGAUAAAUGUACAUGACAAAGACAUGCAACUUCAAACUCAUGUCUCGCAAAUGAAAUGUAAUCACAUGAAAUUCAGAUUUUACACAUAUCAAUGCUUUUUUAUAUGUGAUUCAUUCAAAACAGGCACAUGUGGUCUUUGUAAAUUUCACAUGUGAAAACAUGAAUGUCAAAUGCUAUUUCUGUAAGGGUAAAUUUGGCAUUUUUAGGUAACAAAAAUAAACAAGGGAUUUGAUAUUUUCAAUCAGAUGUUUUUGUGGAGGUGGUUGUGGAACAGCAUCUAGACCUUCGUGUUGUGGGGAAAAAUGACUGAAUAAAUAAAGUGCACUAAGGGGACUUCAA